AUCAUAGACUGCCCCUCUUGUGCUAAUUCGUUUCAAGUAGAGGGGAUCACCUUUUCCACUUUCAAUGUUUGAUUCACAAGUGCAGGAAAAACGUCAAGAAACGAACAUAUUGCCGACAUUCAUACUCCGAUAAAAAAUCACAAUGUCGGAUCAAGGUUACUGCACUGGUGAAAUAGUGGAUAGUCAAACCACGUUUGAGAGGAUAUUCGAUGAAGCAGUACGUUCUCAUUCGAAUAUUUGUUUUUAUGGUCCAACUGGUACCGGAAAAACAAAAAUGCUAAUGCGACUGUUUGCUGAAUUAAGUAAAGAAAAAAAAGUUAUAAUAACAUCAACAACUGCACGAGGAGCUCUCUCAAUUCAAGAAGAACUUGGAGAAGGAGCGACAAUUGCCAGGCGUAGUGGUGUCGGUACUAGUAAAGUUGAACACAUUGAGGCUGCCAUGGAAUAUAUCGCCAAUGACAUCCAUGAAAUAGAUAUUUUAUUAAUCGAUGAUUUUAGUUUGUUAAAUAAAUCUAGGUUUGAGAGUAUCAAUAACCGCUUUUGUCAAGAACGUUCUGAACACAAAAAACCAUUCGGCGGAGUCCGAUUAAUUAUGGCAGGAGAUCCAUACAUGGUGUCACCAGAUAACAAACCAAGAUUUUUUAAAUCUUCCAUCUGGGGUGAAUGCGCUUUUGUCACUUAUGAGUUAAGAAAUCCUUUUCGUUAUGAUGCUAAAAGUCAACACUGGUUUGAGACGUUGCUUCGAAUUCGUUGCGGAACAGUUAUAGAUUCAGACUUGGAAAAGAUUCAAGAACUUGUUGCUGCAAAUGAAAAUGAUGUGAACUUACGUUUGCAAGAAUACUGGAAAGAUAACGAAACACAUGGAACUACUGAGUUCAUAAUGUAUAUAUGCUCUACGAAAAAUGAAGUUAAGUCACAUAAUAAUAAUCAGCUCCAAAAAAUCAGAAGUUCAAAAAUUGUAACUUUAAAAGCUUCUGACACAAUUCCUGAAGUAGCAGAACACAUAAAAAAUGAACUUGAAAAAAAAUUGGAUCAUGAAAUCGAUAAAAUUAUUGAAUUGAAAAUUGGUGCUACUGUUGUUACUACACGAACCCAAUCAAGUAUACCAUCGGGUACAGUGGGAGUUGUUAAACAAAUAAAUGAUGGCAUUUUGACAAUUGUUGUUAAUAGUAGCAAAGAAGAAAUUAAAAUUAAACGCGUUUCACAUGAUGUUAAAUUUGAUAAAUAUUAUCCAAAACGGGUUCAAUUUCCUAUUACGCUGGGUUAUGCUACGACAAUUCAUAAAGUAUUAGGUGUUGAGUUCGAGCAUGCUAUUAUUUCAUUAAAAGAACCAUCAUGGUUAGAAGGUUAUUUUUAUACCGCUCUGAGUAGAGUAAAAAAUUAUAAAAAUAUAACACUCUUAUCAUCCUCGUCUUUAUGCAUACCUGAUUUCAUAAAAAGUACUUCACAUAGUGGUGUAGCAUUCGACCAACUAAUUACUAAAGAAAAAUAAAGGUUAAGCGAGAAACGAGUUAAAAAAAAAAGAUCGAAAAAACCUACCAUUGUUAUUCUCUUAUUGAUUUAUCUCAUUUUUAUUAUAAAUAAUAACAAUACUAAUGAUUAUAAUUAAUUAAAUAACAAAUUAAGUUGUUUUUUAGGUAUUUUUGUUAUCUAAUCCAAUUUAAGCUCGAUUCAACCUUGUUUCGAUGUCGCACACCAAUUCCUAGCCUAUACAUAUUUUUCUUUAAAUAAAUUAUUUUACAGUUCCUGCAAUAAUUACAUAAGUAAGGAAAAGUUGUAGCUAUGGAAGAGAUGUAGAUUAUUAUAUAGUUUUUCUGGCAUUAUUAAAUCUAUAGUCGAGUUUUUUCGUUAAUUUUUUGGCACUGCAUUAAGACUGUGUAUACACGCAGAAGCUAAACGAGCAUGCGACUUUUUGGAUCGUUUCUUAGUAGUCCGUAAGACAGAAGCAAAAACAGUGUGUGAAACUGAAUUGAACAAAAUAUACCUGCUAAAUGGUAGUCCUUAAGACCCAGAACACGUUGCACCUAUUUCCAAUCAUUUUUAUUGUCUGCCGUCUACAGGUAAGCCAGGUAAAAAAUCGAUAAUUUAUAUGACUCUGAAUUGAUUGGAAUUUGUUUAAUACUUUUAAUUUUAUUAUAUUAAGUUAAUUUUAAAAUUCCAAUCGAAUGAGUUAUCUCGGAUGGCCGAGAUAUUAAUUUUUGAAAAUUGAAAAAAAAACAUGAAUUAUAGCGUAUACGUCUAAACUGAUUGGCGAGCUAGGUUAUUUUUCUUUAAUGUAUUUUAAAUAUAAAGAAAAAAAUUCCAAUCAAAAAAAACAUCAUUAAAAGGGUUAAAAAAGUUAUAGUGUAGCUGCACACACAUGUAUACAACCUGAAAAUUUCAUUGUAUUUUUGUAGGGUGCAAACUCACGACAAGAAGUGCUUUCUUUUGAGGGUUUAUUUUUUUCACUUCAAUGCGCAUGAUCAUACACGUGCGCAUAUUAUGCAAACAUGAGGAAAGAACAGUGGAAUCGAGCAAACGAUUCUUACAUAAUAAGAACUAAAACACACCUGAUCCACCCCCUAGGGUACGUUCCAAAAAUCACUCGGAAGUCCGGAAGUUCAAGAUUGUGAUCAUAAAAAAUUUUUGAUAUUUUGUUGUGGUAAACAUAAUUUUUCUUUCAUGAAUUUUAAUAGGUGCAAAUCAAAAAAAUAUUAUUGUUUAAUUAUUUAUAAUAAUUAUAAAAAUACUUUUCACAACUGUAAUAAGUAACAAAAGCAAGUGCCAUGUAUGCAAUAUGGCUAAUUUUGUUGUUUACAAUCUACAGUAACCUCCAGUAACUUUUAAGUUUAUUUUAUUCCUAUAUUUUAUCGUCUACUGCACCGUUUCCGGGCUUCCCAGUGAUUCUUGGAACGUACCCCAUAUGUACUACGCUGUUGUAAGCUGACUUUUUGCUGACAGCACAUUCAACUACGCAUGCGCAAAAAUGAAUUGGAAAAAAAAUUUUGUGGUAAGCAACAUUAAUUCCUCAGCUUCAUCCUUUUCUUAGCUACGGCUUUUCCUUGGUAUUUUAUUUAUUUAUUUGACAAAUGAAAUUAAUAAAAUUAAUUUCGAUAAAUUAAAAUACCGAGAAAAAGCAGUAGCUAAGAAAAAGAUGAAGCUAAGAAAUUUAUGUAGCCAAAAAAAUUAUGUCGUAAGCAACAUUAAUUCCUUAGCUUCAUCUUUCCCUUAGCUACUGCUUUUUCUUGGUAUUCUAAUUUAUUAAAAAAAAUUGUAAUAAUUUUAUUUGUCGAAUAAAUAAAUAAAAUACCAACAAAAAGCAGUAGCUAAGAAAAGUUAGCUAGUGCUUGUCUCUGGUAUUCUAUUUAUUUAUUUGACAAAUUAAAUUAAUAAAAUGGAUUUUGAUAAAUUGAAAUACCAAGAAAAAGCAGUAGCGAAGAGAAAGAUAACUGUAAUUGUAAGUAUUUUAAUUUAGAUAUGACACUAAAAAUUCAAGAAAGAAA